GGACCGGCAGAAGGUCCCCACCAAGACAUAAGGUCCCUGCGAGGGCAGUGUGUGUGGUCAGUAUAAACCAGGCCACACUCACUCGCAGGCCUCAGCAGGUCAGAACGGUCCGUCCAGCCGAGUCACGGCGGCGGAGGCAGACGGAGACCCGCCUGUGCGAGCUCACAACACGAGUCCAAUCCUCAGUCCUCCCCCUGGAUGGACGGGAUCUUCACCUGUGUGUUGGUGAGGAGCGUGGUGGGCGGGGCCGCGCUGCACGACACCCAUCAGCCAGGCGCCGCCCAAGCGUUGAUGGCUCCUCCCCGACAGAAGACCAGGCGGACGUGUGCAGGCACCUUCACACGAUGGAAAGCGGCGAGCCAUGUGAUCCUGCUGCAGGGUUUCCGCCUGCCGUCCGGUGGGUCUGGUGGCUCCUCUGGUCUGGUCCCGCUCCUGCUCUUCCAGGAUUGGACCUGGAGGAACAGAGAUUCAAGUCUGGCUCAUUUCAUCUGCUCUGAAGGUGGAGCUGGCGCAGCGCCCCCUGGAGGCCGGAGCGGCCGGAGCUGGGCAGAUGGCUGGCAGGUGGCGACCUUGAGAGCGGUGCUCUGCGUGGCCUGUGCUGGAUGCUUGUGUGCGUCCUGGGAGCUUUUCUUAAUCUCUGCGUGUAAUGAGGUUUUAUUUUGGUUUGCAGAUUAAUUCUGAGAUUGGGCUCAGGCCCAUGGCACAGCGUUUGCUCGGCUCUAAUCUGCCAAGACCGUCAUUCUUCAUCAAAACUGAAGGCUGUGUAGAUUUUUUUUCCAUCACCUAAUCCAGCGUGGAUUACCAGCGCUGAGCUCCGCCCCCCAGCCCCCGGGCGGCUGCCUGACCUCACCUGAGCCCAGCUGGCGUGACCUUGUUACAAUAACCUGUACUGCGAUGAGAGCAAAAGUUGCACGCGUUUCCAUGGCAACACCUGCACAUGCUUGUAGACUCACUUCCCGUUGGACCAGUCUGCGGCAAAAGACCAUCAGUGAAGGAGGGUACAUUCACACAGGGGGCCACCGCAGGGCCCGGCGUCACCGCAGGGCCCAGGGGCCAACGCAGGGCCCGGCAGUCACCGGGGACCACCUGCAGCUGACUGCCUCACCUGGUGCCUUCAAAAUAAAAGUCUUCAAUCUUCCCUCAUUACAGCACAGUUACAACAGUUUUUUUUUCUUACUGAUGAAAGAUUUUUUUUGUUUUGAUGACGUUUGUAUGUUCAUAAAGGAAUAAAGAUAUUGUCUGACAGGAAAGGGGCUUGCGUCAGCUAUGGUGAGCAACUCGCUCCCAGCUGGAAGUCGUAACAUUGGAGACAGGACAGCGAGAGUCAGGAGAGAGUUCAACCUGCCGCUCAGGGACGUUCAGCUCCAGGUGCCGGCGUUCCUCCUGUGCAACCCAGCAACGUUCUCUUCCACCCCUGACUCUGGAGGAGCUCCGGCCGGUGAGAGCUCAGCGUAACAGGAGGCUGGGGCGCGUGCCUGCCCCCCUCUGAACCCUCCAAAAUAGAGCGGCAGACAGCAGCGGCCACGUUUAUAGCUCAGCAACUGCCUCACUGGGCAGCUAUUGCCAAGCUCGCGCCAUCAAAUCCGCGCGUGAGCUACGGGCAUUUUUGCGGGCUACCGUCAUGUCAUCCGAGACAUUUAAUUGGGCCCGGGCCGCCUCACAGGGACAGCGGGCCGCAUUCCAGCGCCGCCUCGCUCUUUUGUGCUGCAGUUGGGCCGGUGCUGGCGCAGCGCACCCGGACCUUGAUCCCACCCGCCUGGCUGUGUGAGCCUUGACUCUCCGCCGUGACCCCUGCCGCCGCUCGCCGGCCUCCGCCUCAGCUGUGACCGGCCGCUGCUCAGUGGAGGGAUAAAUGAUCACCUCGGCCAGAAGAGUGUCUCCUGAUAAACCCCAGGUUCGGAUCGCCUUCAGCCUUGAAGAAACGUCAGAUGUUGAAGAUGCAGAGCGGAGUUUCCCAGACCUGGAGCAGCGGCUGCAGCCCGUGCCCCCCUGCCGCUCGCUGAGGGAGAGUGUUCAUGUGUACAGGGAGCACUGCAGGAUGGCCCGCGAGUUCCACCAGGUCAAGCGUGACAUCGCACUACUGGAGGACAGACGACGCCAGCUGCUGGCCGAGCUGGUGGAGGAUGAGAAGGUUGCCAUGGAGAUCGCUCGGCUGGAAGAGGAGUUCCGGCAUCUGGCGGAGGAGAACCGCACCUUGGUGACUGUCCACGACGAGCGUGCCAAGCAGUUGGAGAGGCUUUGCCUCAGCGAUCCGUUAAGACGUGACUCCUCGUGACCUGUGAGCCUCACUGACCCCUGGACCUGGAGACACACCUGUCGUCAGCCGCCGGGUUCAAGUCUUAGCUAGUGCUCUUUCCGGUCUGUGACUCUGCUCAUGACACGGAGCGCUGCUGUGUGUUUUUUUUUUACUUUUUCACCUCUGACUUUGGGCUGCAGAACGUCAGACCAGGUUCGACGGUGCGGCGCCAGCUGAGGCUGCUUUUCCUGGUUAGUGUGCUGACUUUUGCGGAGCCAGAAGGCUUGUGUUCAUCCAUGCGCGCAGCUGCUCUGUGUCCGGGGUGGAAGGCAGGACUGUGUUGCAUGU